AUGUCGAAGAUGAAUUUAGGUUUUUGUGAAUCUUCAGAAGACAAAGAAAAGCUCCUUCGUUUCCUUGGCAUGUCUGAUAAAGAACAACACAUCAAGGAGAAGGCUAUAUCGGAUUCUGAUGUGAGAGCACAAAGAAAUGAGCCACUCAAAAAACGAGGAAUUUCGUCCGGUGGAAAUGGAUCGAACUCGAAAACCGCCAUUCCCCGUCAUCUCACUGCUCCAAUCGCAGACCGCGAUAUCAAGGAGGAGGUGCCGUCAGAUUCUGAGAUAGGAGCACAGGGAAAUGUGCCACCCAAAAAACAAGGAAUUUCGUCAGGCGGAGAUAGUUCAAACUCGAAAAAUGCCAUUCCACAUCGUCUCACUGCUCCAAUCGCAGACCGAGAUAUCAAAAAGGAGGUGCCGUCGGACUCUGAAGAAAGAACGAAGGAAGUCAAAAAACGUAAAACAUCGUGCAUCAGUCAAUCUUCAAAUUCUAAAGGUGCCGUGUCCCGUCGCUUCACGACUCCAGCUGAAGAACAAAUUGUCAAAAGAGAAAUUCCAUCUGAUUCUGAGAAAGAAUCCGGAAGCGCUCAACAUCGAUACGAUAAGGCAUCGGGCUCCAGACGUGAUCUCCGCUCCAGAACACCAAUCGCAGAGCGUGAUAUCAGGGAGGAGGAACCGUCGGAUUCAGAAGAACCAAAAGAAGCCGAGAAAAAACCGAAAUCAAGAUCGUUUAUUAGUAAACCUUUGAAUUCAGAAGGUGCCGUGUCACGUCGCUUUACGACUCCAGCGGAAGAGCCAGUCAUCAAGAGUGAGAUUCCAUCUGAUUAUAUCAAAGAGGAGGAGCCAUCGUAUAGUGAAGAAAACACGAAAGAUAUCAAAAAACGGAAAUACACACCAAGAUCGCCCGCCAGAAGCAAAAUCGUUCGUCCAGUUGACGAACAAAUCGUCAAAAGUGAAGUUCCAUUUGAAAAAGGAUCCGAAAGCGCUGAACACCGUCAAGAAAAGCCAUCUGGAUCAAACCGUGCUCUCCGCUCCAAAACUAGCAUCAAAGAUAUCAAAGAAGAAGAAGAAGAGUCAUCGAAUUCUAAAACAGAGGAUCAAAACUUGAAGUGCUCGACUGGUAAAGACACAAUUGUGAGAAGAAAUAAUCGUAGUGAUAGUCAGCGUAAUUCAGAGGAUGCGUAUUGCGAAAAUAUCGAUGGAGAAUCCGCGAGUUCUUCACCAGCUCCACUGCCAUUGGUAUCCGACACUGAUCAUAAUGUCACCGACGAGAGUAUUACUGAUUUAUCACAAAAUGUUUCUCAAAACUCGUCGAAUUCUAGCAGUGAUAGUGACGAGAUGGUGAGACAGACGUCUAAUCGAGUAGCUGGAAACAAGACAAAGAAGCCGAUUAGACGCAGAAUGAAGAAAGUGGAAUCGCUGAAAUUGACGAGAGAAGAAAAGGAGGCGCGCCGAAAAGAAAAGAAUCGAGUCAACGCGCUCAACUAUCUUAUGCGAAAGAAAGAUAAAAAGAAGAAUUUCGCGGAGAAACACUCCCUUCUUCGAAAAAAGGUUGAGUUCCUGGAAAAACAGAACAAAACUCUUGAAAAAUCCGUACUGUCCGCCUAUUCUCAAUUAGUCGACCUGUCUUCUGGAACCGAUUCUCCAUAUGGCUCUCUUGAACUAUUCGAAGAACAAUUGAUAACACAGAAAAUUGCCGUUUGUGAAGAAGUUAUGGAAAAAGAUGACAAUGGACGUGAUCUUCAAAAGUUGGAAGAGGAGUCAUUUGCGGCAGAAGACAAGUUCAAAGAGAUUGUGGAAAAUGGCUUCCCGGAAGGAGCCCUUCGAACAACGAUUACAUCUCAAAAGUGUCGCGCCAAAAGCGCUUUUGAGCUUGCAAAACUUAGUUAUGAGACGAAAUUCGUCGAAGUGGAGAUUCAGAAGAAGGAGACGUUCGGAAGAGUAUUGGAUGAAUUCUUGGAAGAAAUUAAUAAACUUUUGGAGACCUUCGGAGAGAAAAAACUGGCGGAGAAGAUUGUUGAAGAGGGAUUGACCGAGCGAACUGAGUAG